AUGUUCUCCCGCUUCUCUCAAUUAGCCAGACAUCUUUCUCGUCCCUUACCAAAUUACGCUCAUAAUUCUGCCGCUGCAUAUACAUUUUCAAAUAAAGUCAUGACAUCAUCAGUAUCUGCCGACGAACGUAACUCGAGAACCAUUCACACGGCAGCAUGUUUGAUUAUUGGAGAUGAAGUACUUGGGGGAAAGAACCUGAAGCGUAUCGAGGUGAUUGCAGAUGAUGAGGAUGAAAUCAUUGAAGCCGUCAGACGUAUGUCAAGCAACUAUGAUUUUAUAGUCACGUCUGGAGGGAUUGGUCCAACACACGAUGAUAUUACCUAUCAAUCCAUUGGAAGAGCAUUUGGACUUGAAUUGAAGCUUCAUCAAGAAACUUAUGAAAAGAUGAAGAGAUUGUCCAAACCUCAUCCAUCUCAACCAAACUUCAAUUGGGAUGAAGAUUCUCCAGCAAAGAAAGCUAAACUUCGCAUGGUGGAAUUACCAUUAGAUGAAUCGCGGGAUCUGUCAAAGCAAGUUAUAUUCCCAUGUGAAGAUCUUUGGGUUCCAGUUGCUUGCAUCAAUGGCAAUAUUCAUAUCUUACCUGGUAUUCCAAGACUUUUCGAAAGGUUGUUGGAGGGAUUGAAACCAUCUUUACUUCCUCGGUUGACAGAUCCUGAAGGCAAGGGUAUCUGUAGAGUUAUGAUUUCGACUCCCAUGUCAGAGAGUGCUGUAGCACCAUAUCUUACAGAAUUGGCUGCCAAAGUAGAACCAAAGGGUAUCAAGGUUGGAAGUUAUCCUAGAUGGGGAAAAGCACACAAUACCGUUACUUUGGUCGGAAGGGAUCAAGAAUACUUGGAAAGCUUAAUAGCUGAAGUAGAGAAGAAUGUCAAUGGACAUCGUGUCUUGAUAGAAGGAGAAGAUGAUGCUGAAGGCGAACACAAGGAGUGCGAUAUUUCUUAA